CUAGACUUAAUUUUCACCACUGCAACGAUUGAAAAUGGUCCUCCUUAUUUGGAUGAAAACGAUAAGCAAGUCUCUCGCUUUAAUGUGGCUUCUAUAUGGGGAUUUUUGACCUAUGGCUGGAUUACCCCUUUGGUCAAGACAGCUAACAAGAACAAGACUCUUACCGUUGACGAUAUCCCUUCACUCACCCCAGAGUACCGUGGCAGAAACCUUUACUAUAUAUUUGGUAGCACUCGAGGAAGAUCUUUGGUCUAUCGUAUCUAUAGAGCCAACCGAAGUGGAAUUGCAUUGCAAAUCAGUACAGCAAUUUUGGCCUCGUUGACUUACUAUGCACCUGCCUACCUCACCAAUCGAAUCCUCAACUUGAUACAAAAUCAUUCUGAUGGAAAUGGUGACAAGGAUAUCAUGACUAAAGGCUUUUUGCUUGUCAUUGCCCUAGGAAUUACUAUGGUCGUGCUUGCUUUACUCGUUGGCCAACAAUGGUUUUGGUCUUCUUCUUAUCUCCAAAUUCGUAUUAGAGCCAUGUUAAAUAUCGAGAUCUACCGCAAGACCCUUCGUCGCAUUGAUCAAGCUGUAGUCUCUGGUGACAAAAAGAAGGAUCAAGAUCCCGAGACAAACAAGGAUAAGGACAAGAAAGAUGACGAUGAAAAAGAUGUAGAAGACGUGAGCUCAAACACUGGAACAAUUGUCAACCUUAUGAGUACCGAUUCCAACCGUGUUUCUGAAUUCAGUAUCUGGUGGUGCUCUAUAUUUGCUGCACCAACUGAACUUUCUAUUGGUAUUUUCUUUCUCUACCAACUACUCGGAAAGUCUUGCUUGUUUGGCCUCAUGGUCUUGAUUUUCACUCUUCCCUUGAACCAUUAUAACUCUAAGCGAUUUGUCAAAGUCCAAGAUAAAUUGAUGGAGUCUCGUGAUAAACGAGUUGGACUUAUGAACGAAGUCUUGCAAGGCAUUCGUCAGAUCAAAUUCUUUGCCUGGGAGUCAAACUGGGAGAAGCGUAUCAUGGAAGCAAGAAAUAUCGAACUUGGUCAUUUGCGCGAUGUGUUUAUGGCAGAUGUCUUCUUUAAUCUUUUGUGGCAAGGAUCUCCAAUUUUGGUUACCAUUAUUUCAUUCUGGUCCUUUACCAAGAUCGAAGGUCAUGAACUUACUGCUCCUAUUGCAUUUACUGCUAUUACUGUUUUCAACGAACUCCGUUUUGCUCUCAAUAUCUUGCCAGAGACUUUCACCGAGCUUCUCCAAGCACUUAUUAGUAUUCGCCGUAUCCAAAAAUAUCUUGACGAACCCGAGAUUAAUCCUCCUCCUCCCGUCGAUCACACUGCUCCUGUCCGUAUUGGCUUCCAGGAUGCCACUGUUGCUUGGAAAGCUGCUUCAGAAAACACAACUGCUGCAAUGGCAAGCCAGGAUGGUUCAGAUUCUGGUACUCACGUUGAAUCCGAAAGUUUUAUCUUAAGAGACCUUUCUAUUGAAUUCCCACCCAACGAACUCAGUCUCAUUUGUGGAUCUACUGGCUCCGGAAAAACAUUAUUGAUGCUCAGUUUACUUGGCGAGUCUACUUUACUCCAAGGUCAGGUCAUGUGCCCUCGUACCACUGUAGCAGAUACCGUUUCUAGCGAGUUCAAGUUCGAUAAAGACAUUCCAGAAGAAGACUGGAUUCUGGAAAGAUCUGUCGCCUACGUUUCUCAAACAGCUUGGCUCCAAAAUGCUUCUAUUAGAGACAACAUUUUGUUUGGUCUUCCUCACAUCGAAAAGCGUUACAAGGCCACUCUUACUGCUUGUGCUCUUGACAAGGACUUUACUAUCCUCGAAGACGGUGAUCUCACAGAAAUUGGUGAAAAGGGUAUCACGCUUUCUGGAGGUCAAAAGGCUCGUGUUGCUUUAGCUAGAGCUGUUUACUCUCGUGCUAAGAUUGUACUUAUGGAUGAUGUCUUGAGCGCAGUUGAUGCUCACACUGCCAAACACUUGUACGAAAAAUGUCUUUUGGGUCCUUUGAUGAAAUCCCGUACUCGGGUCUUGAUUACACAUCAUGUUAAGCUGUGUCUCAACGGAAGUGCAUAUGUUGCCCAUAUUCAUAAUGGACGUAUCGAUAUUAUUGGCUCUCCUGCUGAUUUGCGCCAAACUGGUGAGCUGGCCAUUAUUCUUGAAGACGAAAAAGAAGAAGAAGUAUAUGAGAAGGAAGAAAUCGAAGAAAUUGUAGCCGAAGACGAAGCCGAAGCCGAAGAAUCAGAGACUGCAGUUCAAAAGAAACCAAAGGCUUUGGUAGAAGAUGAAACCCGCGCAACUGGCAUGGUCAAAUGGAAACUCUAUAAGCUCUACAUGUCUGCUGAAGGUGGUUUCUUCUUCUGGACUGUCAUGGUCAUCUUUAUUCUUGGUUCUCGCGCUCUGGAAAUUACAGAAACUUGGUGGAUCAAACACGUUGCAGAGACCAACUUCUCUACCCCAUCCGACUUUAGUGUCUUGUCUUCUGAUGAUAAACAAACAGAUUACUACCUGUCUAUCUACAUUCUCAUCACAAUGACCAGUAUCAUCUUUGGCACCGGUAGAUUUGCUGUAGUAUUUUAUGGUACUCUUAAGGCUAGCAGAAAACUUUAUGAACAACUUUUGCAUCGUGUACUCCGUGCUCCCCUUCGAUUCUUUGACACCACUCCAGUUGGCCGUAUCCUCAACCGCUUCGCAAAAGACUUUGAAACUGUCGAUUCUUCUGUUCCCAAUGAUAUGAUGUACUUCUGCAUUCAGACCCUCACAGUCAUCACGGUUAUUAUUACAGUCACCUCUGUCCUCCCCAUUUUCUUGAUCCCAAUGACUAUAGUUGCAAUGGUCAACUACGUAUAUGGUUCUAUGUUUGUCCAAACUUCACGUGAACUGAAGCGUAUGGACUCUGUCGCAAGAUCCCCCAUCUUCAGUCACUUUACUGAAACCAUUGUGGGAGUUACAACCGUUCGUGCAUUUGGCGCCACUCGUCAGUUCUUGCAAGAGAUGCUCAGACUGUGCGAUGCCAGUACUCGUCCCUUCUUUAGUGUCUGGACUAUCAAUCGUUGGGUCAGUGUCCGUUUUGCCAUCCUCGGAGCUUCUGUUAAUAUCUUUGCUGGUUUUAUCAUCAUAAUGUCUAUUGGACGUAUGAAUGCUGCUGUGGCUGGUUUCUGUUUUACUUUCAUUUUGGCAUACACCGACCAGAUGUUCUGGGCUAUCAGACGUUAUACAACUCUGGAAAUGAGCUUUAAUGCCGUUGAACGUAUUGUCGAAUUUAUGGAAAUGGAGCAAGAAGCACCCGCUUUUACUGAUUUAAAACCUCCCGUUAAUUGGCCCACACAAGGAAAGAUCGAAGUUCAGGACCUUGAAGUUCGCUAUGCUGCUGAUCUCGAUCCUGUUCUCAAGGGACUCAACUUCUCCGUUAAACCCACCGAAAAGAUUGGUGUAGUUGGACGCACCGGUAGUGGAAAGUCUACACUUGCUCUAUCCUUCUUCCGUUUUGUUGAAGCUAGCAAAGGAAGCAUCAAGAUUGACAAUGUUAACAUUCUACAUGUUGGUACAGAAGAUCUUCGCGGUAACCUGACUAUUAUUCCUCAAGACCCUACCUUGUUCUCUGGUUCAAUUAGAUCCAAUAUGGAUCCAUUUGAUCAAUUUACAGAUGAAGCAAUUUUUACUGCCUUGCGUCGUGUUCACCUUUUACCUUCAGACAAUGAUGACGAUAUUGAGGUUGUGGGUGUAAAUGCCAAUGUGUUUAAGGAUCUUGAUACUCCUGUCAGUGAAGGUGGAAAGAACUUUUCACAGGGUCAGAGACAAUUGUUGUGUUUGGCUCGAGCCUUGUUAAAACGGACAAAGAUUGUGUUGAUGGACGAAGCUACUGCUAGUGUCGAUUUCCGAACCGACAAAGCCAUUCAAAAGACUAUUGCAACUGAAUUUGCCGACUGUACUAUUUUAUGUAUUGCCCAUCGCCUGCAUACAGUUAUUGAAUAUGACCGUAUUCUUGUGCUUGAUCAGGGAAAUAUUGCCGAAUUUGAUAGUCCUUUACAGUUGAUUACUAAUCCCGAGUCAAGCUUUUACAAGAUGUGCCGUAACUCUGGAGAGUUUGAGAGUCUUGUAGCUCUUGCAAAAGAAAAGCAUCAGUUAGUUGAUGUAGAUAACUAA